CGAGGAAUAAUUUAGAAGGACCUGCUGUAGCUGUUAUGUUACAGUUACUCAUCUUGUUGUUCUUCAAGUACGUAGAUCAGCAAUAAUGGCGGCCGUCAUGGCAUUGCUAACGGGGUGGACGAUGCAAGUGCAGCAGCGGUUUCGGCGAAAAGGUGGUGACUUGUUGCAGAUUCUCGUUUUUAUGUUUUUAGACGAGAACAUAUGUGAAGAUGAUGAUAGUAUCCAUGUGAUCGUGCUAGUCGUGGCUUUAUAUAUCUUCUUAAUUUUUGUGUGGCUCCACCUUUUAUAUUUAUUCAUAUUCGUCCUGUUUUCCUAACUGAAGGAUGUCUCUUCAAGGAUGAGUACUAUGGUUUUUUAUGCUCAUGCUUAGUCGUUUGUAUAUGAUGACCUGGCGUCACCCCUAGGCAUGAUUUAAUGGCAUCUAUUAUCAAAAUUGUCCUCACUCGUUGGCUAUUAAAACUCCUUUCAUAUUUGGCCUGCUGCUGUGGUGGGGACUAGCAGUGUACAUCAUAUCCGAAUCCAAGAUACUCAUGUCCCUGUCAACGUCAGCAGCGGCAGCAGCCACCACGCCCCUGGUGUCUCUCGAUACGGUCGUUAAGGUUAGAGCUUACGUCAUUAUAGAUACUUUGAUAUGUUAAUGUUGAUCGACGAUAAUUGAAGGUAUUCGUAUUAUUGUAAUAGUCGAGUUCGACAAAGAGGAAGAGCGCUGUUUUUUCUUUAAGUUGUUUACAUGAUGUUCGAGUGUAUCGAAUGCCAUAUUAUAUGAAGACUAGUAGGACCUCGACCUCACAUGACGAGGUCUUGAAAAGUACUUAUAAAGACCUGGUCUUCUGUACUCUAAUCUGGGCGGUAUCGCGAGCAAGAGCACCGAGGAGGAGGAGCUGCUACGAGGGGGCAGCACCUCGUCCACCCCGGUCGACAGAGUGAUCGAGACGCACCAAUUUCCAGAAAUCACGCUGUCACCAAAUGUAUUGCUAGGAUCUUUAUUCAUGACCUCAGGAUGCUCAAUCAGAAGCUACGACUAAGAAAAUCAAGUUAUCAAGUCCCUCUUUUUGACGUGUGUCCUUUUGUAUUACUUAAUUAGAAUUUCAAUUACUUUUACUUGUUGGCCGCGUAGAUAGUACAGAUGGCAGCCAGUCGCUGCCAGAACAGGAUUGGGAGUAGUGGACUAUGUGCUAUCUGCACCUUAGAGCUCUAAUUCUGAUGGAUGAGGCAACCGAUAUUAUCAGAGAGCACCACCACGCUGGCACGAGAAGUGCGAGCACUCUUCUCGUAGGUGCAUUCCCGUUUCCGUUGUUUAUCUCGGCGUGGUCCAACCUGGUGAUCACAAUCUCUUGUCUCUUUGUCUACUACAUGUGGCAGCGCCAUGCACGUGAAGAUGCAUCAUCCCCGUUCGCAAGGUUAUGAUGAACUUGAACAAGUAUGAUAAGUCUAACAACAACUGAAGAUAGCUUUCUUUUGUUGACUCUAACAACAGUAGGUAAAGAGGAAAUUCAAGUAUCUAUAUAGUAGACACUCUUCACAAAAAUUAGGGCACCAUACCAUAGAAAAAGAAAUUUCUGCAGCGAUUGCCAGGCUUCAGUCAUGACCUUUUCCUCUCAUUUUCAGGCAGGAGCGGUGAGUCGCGAAGUUUCCACGACCAGGGCGGUCAUCCCAUGGUACCAAGGCGAGGAGAGGAAGACUUUGGUUUUGGUAAUGAGCGAAGCCGCACUCAACAAGCGACAGAGACGAAGGAAGGUGCCCUCUAUGAGCAACCACCAGGAACAGAAAUUUUAUCGGAUUCCGACAGCUGCAUCUCAAAAGAUGCACAUACAUCUAGUACUGAACCUCAAACCCAGACUGGUGAGGAGGGGUCCUCGUCGUUCCCCACAAGAUCAUAUGCCGGAGCACACGGUAACGACCAGAAUGAAGAAAAGCAAUCUCUUGUACUGGGGAUGACGGCUGCGGAAGAACCGAAAGCAGCGUUGACCCACAUCGACUUCUACGUCGAAAGUGUUUUUAGGGCAAAAGUCGUACUAGUGACUUCGUGAGGGUACAACUAGUAUAAUACGCUACUAGCUGCAGAAGGAAGUAGGAAAGGCACAAGAAUGUUGUUGCACGGCUAUUGAACAAGUGCCCAUACUUAAGUACUAGCACUACUUCUAGUUGUGACGACGAUUACAACAAUGUAGUACCAUUAGGAUUAGAGUUUCCACUUCAUCGACGAGCUUUAAUGUCACCAUGCGGGCGGCGGUCUACCGUUUUGUCAUGGCGAAAACGCCACAAUUUCGCUACCUAGCGGUAGCCAUUGGAUGCGUUCAGGGUAUAGAAAUUGGGGCAACGAACACGUCCUUGUAUGUACGAGUGGAAUUCUUCUUGUCCGGAAAACACGACUAUUUGGGUAGAAAUACUUGCAUUUGUCAGGAGUAUUAUUAUUGAUUGGCUUAAAUAUAUAUGCAAGUGCAACUACCAACUAGGCGGUCCCUGGAUUAUUUUGUCUUUCCUUUUUUCGUCUUCAUGCCUACACUUGCCGAUAGUUGUGCGCACAAUCUUGCAGUCCUUGAAUCCGCUUGUGAUGUACAUCGUGUGUCGCAUUAUGGGUUUGGAGGAUGGCGCACAGACAUCAGUUGGAGCAUCCGUGUUGUUCUGUUCGGUCGGUGGACUCUUCCUGUGUCACAGAGGCGAGCUUGCGGCGGAUGGCGCAUCCGCAAAAACUGCCUUCUCCAACCUGAAUAACACUGGCGUCAUAUUCUCAUUCGUGGCGGCAGUAUUACGAUCUCCUUUCUUUCUCUCUACACUUUACCUGGCAACAUUGUAAAAAAAUUCUUUCCUAUUCCCAUCAAAAUCAAUUGUCGUACAACUUACUACAGCUGGAUUUUCGAACUCAUAUCUACGACCUGAUUUCUUUUCGUCUUUUCCCCUUUCCUCUGUUACAGCUUUGUAGCUGCGUGCGGUGGGCCUUGUUACAGCGGCUAUUGCAUCAUGCUGAUGAUCAUGAUGGUUCGCAACGGAUGCCCCGUGGAGAACAGCAGAAGCAAAAUCCCGUCGAGGUCUUACUCUUCACAGCGCCAGUAACUGGGUUAAUGCUUUCGGUUGGAAGCAUCCUCUUCGAAGGAAGCCCAGCUUUCUUCACUUUUGUCUUCUUAUGAGGAUACUUCUUGUUCUUCUAUGUAUAUGUAUUGCUUCUCAACUGCAACGUUGGUGAGGUUGAGACUAGAAGUAUAAGACUGUGAACAAGAAACGAUAACUGCUUGGCCUACUUCUUCUGAACUCGAAGAAAUGGAAAUCAUGAACCUACUUCUCUCCUUUCAUUGUGUAGAUGCAGCCUGUGGAUACCGAUGACCGCCAUAGGCUUCUCCGUCAUGCUCGUCGUCCUCUGUGAGCUGCGACUUGUACAACUGACGAGUACUACUAUUUCGAACCCCUACUUCCAUCUCGUUCUGAAACUAACCGAUUCUAUUCGUGCCUUGUGAAACUGAGAGGUGACCGCUUCAGCUUUGUUGCCUACCAUUCACAACUAUGAUUUUCUAAAGGUGAAAAAUUCCAUGUCGAUUUACUUUUUGGUUUUCCUUUACGUCAUCAUCCAAUUUCUUUCAGGUGCUUUAAGCCUAUGCAUUUUUGGCGUGAUUCACAACCUGGUGAUCAUAGUAAGCGGUGUAUUUAUUUUCGGGGAGCGACUUAGCGAACUCCAGGUCCUCGGCGUGGCCGUGGGACAAUUCGGCUGUCUGCUUUAUAGCUUAGCCAAGGCAAUGUUAGGGCAAUGCUCUAGGUCUAGAACUAGAUGUAGAUCUAGUAGUCGAAUAGUGAUUUCUGUUUCCAUGUUGAUACGCUAUUAAGCGUAAGCGAGCUUAUGCCUUAACCUUAUGCUGUUAAUGAUAUUAGUUUUAGUUCAAGAACGGUUUCGAAUGCUAGAAAUAGAACUAGAGAUGUGCGGCAUUGGAAUAUAUACGUCGUGUCAAGAACAUUGUAUUCGUAGCCGCCUUCACUUCACGGCGUUUUCGUUGCUACCGAAUCUUUCUCCUAGAAACAAAGUGAUGCUGAUAAAGAAAGAGAGCGUUGCUAAGAAUGCACAAAAGGAGGCGCAACGCCGCAGGAGCAAGUACAGACGAAGAUACGACGAAGAUGGCCGUCUCGUCAGACGAGUCCCGCCUUGAAAUUGCGGCAAUUGGAGUCCCAGCUACGGAAGUCUCACACGCAACAAGAGAUUACAGACACGCAUUCAAUCAAAUUGAUGGAAAUAGUGGCGCUACUUCUUCGUGUAAUAGAAGCCAGGAUGGAGAUGGAUUACGAGGGGAUAGGAAGUCAUCACUUCCGCAUUUCGUCAUUGAUGUCAAAAGUAGUAAUCGAUUUUCCACUUCCAACCCGCCCCCUCCAUAUGAUCAUGCGCAUGUUCCUGGAGGAGGUUGGCGUAUCGAAAAAGCAUCGCACAAGCAAGAACAUAAUCGUGACUUUAUUAAUACCCAAGGUAAGGUGAAGCCGGGAAGAUGCACCACAACAGG